AUGGUUUUGCGGCAUGGUAGCUUUUUCCUGUCGAAAAACUUAUUGAGGAUAAAAUCUAAUAAUGAAUUUAGUAAAUCAAUUCGUCAUUUUGUAAGACAAAAUCCACCGGUACCAAAACUUACUCCAGAUGAGGUAACUAAAAUUUUAAGGACCAAUGAAUUCACGAAAGAAUUUGAGGAUAAUUUUACAGUAAAAUCCUAUGACACUAAUCAAUUAGCAUCAAAUAAUCCUAUAGAGGAUAUGAGAUCAGAAGCUAGAUGUAAAAUUACAAAUGACUUCUUAUUGGGAAUUUUCGACGGACAUGGAGGUAACGCGUGCUCGCAGGUUGUCUCUAAGCGGUUGCUUUACUAUAUCGCUGCUUGCUUGCUGCCAAAAUCAACUCUACAAAACGUCGUCGAGACGCAAAAGUCUCCUAUGGAGGUAAAAAAUAAUUUACUGGAGACAUUUAAUGAUAUUCCAAAAUUCGUAUCAGAGUUGGAGAAACUCUACAAUAAAAGUUAUUUAACUUUUAUUAAAGAAUUGGCUAAAUCAAAUAAGUCUGAUUUAGAAGUAGAAGUUGCGUUCGAGCACGCGUUUCUACACCUCGAUCAGGAUUUGUCAACAGAGGCUUUUGAAAAAUUGGAGCGAAAAGAGCUGGCCAGGACACUGUCAGUCGCCAUGUCUGGGUCUGUUGCUAUUGUGGCAAGGAUUGAUGGUCGUGAUCUUCAUGUUGCUAAUGUUGGAGACUGUCAAGCUGUUCUUGGUGUUCAUUCUGAAAAUGAAGGAUGGUCUGCACUACCAAUGAGCAUAGAACACAACGUGGACAAUCGAGAAGAAGUCGACAGAAUAUUAUCAGAGCAUCCUGAGAGCGAAAAAAAUACCGUAAUUAAAAUGGAGCGACUUCUAGGACAAUUAGCACCUCUGCGUGCCCUUGGAGACUUUCGCUACAAGUGGAGUCGAGAUAUUAUGAAUAAAAUAAUAGUCCCGUACUUCGGUGAGACUGCAGUUCCUCCAAACUACCACACACCGCCAUAUUUAACAGCUAGGCCUCAAACCACUUACCACAAGUUAACGCCAAAAGAUAAAUUUUUGAUCCUGGCAAGCGACGGACUUUGGGACUUGAUGACUCCUCUCGAAGCUGUGCAGCUUGUUGGCGAGCACAUGACCAGUAAAGUCGCCAUGAAUCCUCUUUCGAUGCCUUUUGAUGACAUGAAACUGUCAGAGAUAAACAAUUUGCUCAUUCAGCGUAAGGAAAGUCUGAAAAAAAAGCCAUUAGAUGAUAAUGCCGCGACUCAUUUAUUGAGGAACGCUCUAGGUGGUACUGAGUACGGCAUUGAUAAUUUAAGAUUGUCAAAAUUUUUAACGCUGCCUAAUGAAGUCGUGCGUAUUUUUAGAGAUGAUAUUACAAUUACUGUUGUUUACUUCAACUCGGAAAUUUUGCAAAAUUAUACGUAA